UGGAUAUUUGGGUGCUUUUGCCCUUUGGGUUUGUACCGUGAAGGCAGAUAACCCCACUUCUCCGAUCGAUCUGAGAGAAUCCCACUCAGUUUAGCUGUAGCCUUUGGCAUUAUUCUCUUAGAACAGGGGAAGGGCAUAAUUCUGCUUUAGCUUUGGGGCCCAUUCUUUUGGUUCUGGUGCUGGAUUGAAAACCCAAUUCUCUGAUCACUCGCGAACAAACACUCACUUCUAGUGUAAGCUUUGAAAAUGAUGGAUGCCUGGCAAACUCUGUAGCCUGUAGCCCCCCAUUGUUUUCUUGCUUGCCCUUGGAUGAUGAUAAAUCCGUGUACCUUGUAAGGAAAUGAAACGCUUUCCUUUUUUGGAUAUAGAAGAGGAGAUCUCUCUUUGUAGUUUUGGAGAAGAAGGUGGGGAGUUGUCAGCCCUUCAUUCUGAUUCUGAGAUCCAUUGCUCUGGUUUUGGUUCAGGUUCUGGAGUGGAGGCCACAUGCGGCCACCUGUUUGGCGCCUGAUGGUUUCAGUUCCACGCGCGCUGCUGCUGCACUAGAGAGGUAUGUCUGCAUGUUGAUGGAAUCUCAAAGGAUAAGAAUAAAAAGCUAGUCAGAAUGUUCAUAUUGUUUGUAAAUCCGUAUAACCUUCUAGCGAACUCAACUAUCUCCAAGUGCAUUGAGGAUGUGAAUGGAGACUGUCCAUGCAUCACUCGACUUACUUGAAUCAUUUCUCAUGGGAGAAGUUCAUGACUCCUAACAGUCCUUAUCUAAGAAGCAGCUGCCAUAUCAUCUUUCUUUUAUUUGAAGUCGAGUUCCUGUUUUGCUGCUUCUGGCUCUCUUUUUGGAAGACCGCAGGAAAGUAACCUUGCUCUGCUGCUAGUUUCCUUCAAACACAUCUAUAAAUUUGGCAGUGAUGUGACUAGGAUACUAGUAGGAACUACUUAAAAUGAUCGAUAAGUAAUACUGCUAAAGUUGAUUUGGAUAGUGACAAUGGACCAGUAAAACUGGUUGUUGCUCAAUUAAAUCUUCGGCAGAGAUGAAGAGACGUUUGAACUGUCUUCCAGUAGUUUCAUGACUCGCUUCAACAUUUGACAUCCUGCUAUGAUGGAGAAUGAUGUAUUUAAUGCCUCGCUGUCAUUACCAAAUCAUAAUGAAAUGGCCAUUGAAUCAGGUUCCCUGCAUAUGCUUUCAGGUCUGCUCACGCAGUCAAGCUUACCAGGUCACAACAACCAUAGACAAAUAAUGGCUGGUGAUCCAUUGCUUUCCACAUUUCAAGAAGAAGCACUGAACAGUCUUUAUGUAGCAAAUCAUGGUGAUAUGUUCGAUGGCAAUGUGUCAUAUUCUAGAAAUAUGCCUCACGUUGGAAGUACUUCAUAUGAUGGUUCCGAUGGAAAUACCGACUUGAGGGAACAUUUCAUGGGAACUUCCUUAUCUGCCACUUCACUUGCCAACCUUUUCUCUGCCACCACAUGUUUACAUGAAAAUCUUAUCGGUAUUAAUACUGUGCUGGCUUCUUCAUUGCCACCUGAAGAGCCAAGAACUUCGAUUUCCCGUGAUAGCUGCAAUACCAUAAAUUCAUCAGUUACAACUUCAGUAAACUGUGGAAUUGUGUCACAAGAUGAUGCAGGCCUUUCGACAUGCAAAAAGGAUGCUUGUCUUAAUGGGCAAUUUAAUUGUUCAUGGAACUAUGAUGAAGUUCUAGGUCAUGAGGUGCCUUCAGGAUCAAGAUAUCUCCAUGUGGCCCAACAAAUACUUGCCGAAGUUGUCGCCUAUGCUGUUCCAGAUUGGAAUGAGAUGAACAGCGACUCUCUUGCUGGGAUUGAGGGUGAGGAGAAGAUGCCUUUUUCUUCAGGGUGGUCUAAUAUACAAGAUUUUGCAAUAUCAGGUUCUGAUGAGUAUCCACUUUCUUGUCGGGAAGCUUAUAUAAAGAAAACUGAGCUAAUAACGAUGCUUCAAUUGGUUGACCAAAGAUAUAACCAGUGCAUGGACCAGAUCCAUGAUGUCGUAUCUGCAUUCUGCAGUGCAACUGGGUCGGGCACUUCGCACAUGCAUGCAUGGUUUGCUCUUCGUACAAUUUCAUCUCUUUAUAAAAAUUUGAGGAAGAGAAUUACCGGUCAGCUUCUUUUGAUUACCCAACAACCUGCCACCGAAUGCAUGAGGGAGAAGGAGAAAAGCUUUGAAUCUUCAUUAAUCCAGAAACAAUGGGCAUUGCAGCAACUUCGGAGGAGAGAUCAGCAUUCUUGGAGACCUCAAAGGGGCUUGCCUGAAAAAUCUGUCUCAGUUCUACGGGCAUGGAUGUUCCAGAACUUUCUGCACCCGUACCCAAAAGACAAUGAGAAGCAUUUGCUCGCGAUCAAAAGUGGUUUGACAAGGAGCCAGGUAUCCAAUUGGUUUAUAAAUGCACGAGUUCGUCUAUGGAAACCGAUGAUAGAGGAAAUGCACUCCGAGCUUUCUAAGAAGAGCCAGACUGAUGGAUCAGGUGGUGAAAGCAGAAGCCAUGGAAACAUUGGCAGUCAAAGGUUUCAAACGACUUGAGGCGCCUACAUCUUGUCUUCAUUUAGUAGCAGUGCACUAAUGAGGCCGAUGUUCCAUGGCUACUCAUCUGAUCUCAAAUUUUAAGCAUAUCACUAAUUUACCUCUAUUUUUUGUUUCACUAGAACAAUGCAAUCACUUGAGAUUGGUUUCUGCAUUAUGAUCCUUAAACUUAGGUAAUUUGGUUGACCAUCUGCAUUUGAUCAUGAAACGGUUCAUGGCAAUUGGGCCUUGGUGCAACCUGAAUGUCAGCAUAGGCAUGCAACUUUAAUUUGAAAAAUCCCACAAGAAAUUGAGGUUUUGGUGA